ACCAUGUUUCAGUCUCACAUGACCAAAUGACAGGUGAUGUCAAUUCGGAAAUAAUAUAGAAAUUAAAAUAUAAAUUAAGAAUUGUUAGUAAAAUUUAAUUAUUUAUGAAUUCAAUCAAUUGUUUCUUUUAAAUUCGUAUUUCGCGAGUGAUAUAUAUUUUACCAUAAUGAGAUACAUAAUAAGUAAUACCUUUGUGGGUACUGCCGUCACAACGAUACUUAUCUUGGUUUUAUAUCAUGUAUUUACGGGGAAAGGAGAAAGAGUUAGUGUAGCAUGGUUUUUGGAGGAAACAUCUCCGUAUAUGUGGUCAACGUUAGGUAUUGGACUUGCUGUUGCCUUAUCAGUUGUUGGAGCAGCAUUGGGUAUUCAUACAACAGGUGUAUCAAUUGUCGGUGGUGGUGUAAAAGCACCAAGGAUUAAGACUAAAAAUUUAAUCUCUGUUAUAUUUUGCGAGGCUGUUGCAAUUUAUGGUCUUAUCACUGCAAUUGUAUUAUCUGGUAUGCUCGAUAAAUUCGAUGACAAUGUACUUGCAGAAAAUCCUGCUGUAAAACAUCAAAAUUGGUUGUCUGGUUAUCUUAUGUUUGGCGCUGGCAUUGCUGUUGGUUUCGUUAAUCUCUUUUGUGGAAUUGCUGUUGGAAUUGUUGGUUCCGGAGCUGCACUUUCCGACGCUGCCAAUUCGGCACUUUUCGUAAAAAUUUUAAUUGUCGAAAUUUUUGGUUCCGCCAUUGGACUUUUUGGUUUAAUCGUUGGAAUUUACAUGACUUCCAAAGUUAAAAUGGGAAAUAAAGUCGCUUAAUUUCCUCUAAUCAUUCCAAUUUCACGCGCAACAAGUCAUAGUAUUAUCAAUUUCAUUUUGUCUAAAUGGACGCAAGUGUGUUAUUUAAAGAUUUAUUCUCCAGAGCCCUAAAAAAAAAAGAGGAAAAAUUGAUGAAUUUUAGGCUCUAUUCUAUGUAUAUUGUUGAUAAGAUAGUUCAUUGCUGUAUUAAAGUUCUCAUUAAUUCUUCAUUAGAAGAAAAGUAAGUGAAAUGUAGAAAUAUUUUUUUUUUUUUAGAAGUCAUCAUUUAAAAUAAAAUGUAUACAGUGUAUAAGUA